AUGAACCAGCUCAAACAGAUCCAGUCCCAGAUGUUUCUUCUUGGUCUACACCAAGACAGAUUCACCCUCAGCAAGCUCAUGGCCUUUUGCACAGACCCAUCUCUUGGAAACUUGAAUUACGGUGAGGAAGUCUUCCAUUACAUCCAAAACCCAUGUUUGUUCGUUUACAAUAGAAUGAUUAAAGCGUUUGCUAAAAGGGGUAGUUUCAGAAGUGCCUUUGAGCUCUUUCGACGGCUGAGGGAAGAGGGCUUGUGGCCGGAUAGUUUCAAGUACCCAUUUGUUUUUAAAGCCAUUGGAUGCUUGAGAGAGCCUCGUGAAGGAGCAAAGGUUCAUGGGCUUGUUGUAAAAAAUGGCUUUGAGUUUGAUGCGUAUGUAUGUAACUCGCUCAUUGACAUGCAUACUGACUUGGGUAUGGUUCGAAAUUUUACGCAAUUGUUUGACCCAAUGCCUGACAGAAAUUGGCUUUGUUGGAAUGUUACGAUUUCAGGGUAUGUUAGGUGCAGGAGGUUUGGGGAUGCUUUUGAUAUGUUCCAGCGGAUGCGAUGUGAGAGCAAUAAGAAGCCUGAUGAGACUACGGUGGUAAGCACCCUUUCGGCUUGCACAGCAUUGAAAAAUUUGGAGCUUGGUAAACAAAUUCACGACUAUGUUAAAAGUGAGCCUAAAUUGACUACUCUAAUCGGAAAUGCAUUGUUGAACAUGUAUGCUAAGUGUGGUUGUUUGAAUGAAGGCCGGCGAAUUUUUGAUGCGAUACCAUCGAAAAACGUGAUCUGUUGUACUAGUAUGGUGUUUGGGUAUGUAAAUUGUGGUAGGCUGGAUGAGGCUAGAGAGGUUUUUGAUGUGAGUUCAAUUAAGGAUGCUGUUCUAUGGACCGCUAUGAUUAAUGGGUAUGUGCAAUAUAACCGUUUUUUUUUUGAGGCGGUGGCUCUAUCCCAAGAGAUGCAAAUUAGAAGAGUUAAAGGAGAUAAAUUUACAGCGGUUACUCUCCUCACAUGCUGUGCUCAGUCGGGAGCAUUAGAGCAAGGGAAAUGGAUUCCCAGGUGCAUAGAUGAAAACGGAAUUAAGAUUGAUGCAGUUGUUGGUACUGCUCUUACUGAAAUGUAUGCAAAAUUUGGGUGCAUAGACAAAUCCUUGGAGAUUUUCAAUGGAUUAAGGGAAAAAGAUGCAGCCUGUUGGACUUCAAUCAUUUGUGGGCUUGCAAGGAAUGGCAAGGCAAGCAAAGCAGUCGAGUUGUUCUCAGAAAUGAUACAGAUUGGCAUCAACCUUGAUGACAUUACCUUCAUUGCUUUUCAAAGUGCUUGCAGUCAUGGAGGGUUGGUUGACGAGGGCCGUAAGUUCUUCAACUCCAUGAGAAAGAUGUAUGAAAUUGAGCCAAAGUUAGAACACUAUGCUUGUCUGGUUGACCUCCUUGGUCGAGCUGGACUGUUAGAUGAAGCAGAGGAGAUGGUAGAGUGGGUUCCAAGUGAAAACAAUGAGAUUAUGAUUCCACUUUAAGGUGCUUUGCUUAGUGCUUGCAGAAUCCAUGGCGAUGUUGAGAUGGGUGAAAGAGUAGCUAAAAGGCUAGCGGAUAUUGAAUCAAGCGGCUCUAGUGUUCACACGCUUCUAGCCAAUACGUACGCGUCUGCCGACAGAUGGGAAGAUGUAACAAAGGUGAGAAGGAAGAUGAAAGAUCUUGGAGUUAGAAAGGUGCCUGGAAGCAGUUCAAUUGAGAUUGAUGGCAUUGUCCAUGAGACAGAUAUUAAUAUUGUGUUACACAGAUGAUAAAGCAAUUGUUGGGUUUAGAAGAGAAGGGAAUGGAAAGAGAAAACCUAGUUUUAAUUGGUUUAUGAUGAAUGAAUGCAGAUGUUCUAAAAUUUUAUGCCUCAAUUUAUAUGUUGCAUCCCUUGUCAUAUGACUGCAGCACAUCCAAACCUAAGAUUUGGAUAAUUACGAUAAAAGUUCAAAGUAUGCUCUUAAUAACCUUUCACAAAAACUUAAGAUAAUAUUGUAACGACCCCACCCCAUGUCCCAAUGGCAUCUUGGGUACAUGGAAUGGAGCUAGCUAAAUAUGGUGCUAAUCAAGUCACUGGUUAUACUUAUACAUAAUAUAAAAGGUACGUACUAAUUAAUUAAGAUGAUAACAAGUAGUAGAGUCUAGGUAAUUGAUUAUUUAUGCAGCCGGAGCAAAGUCAUAGUCUCCGUCGUCGUCGUCGUCGUCGUCCCCUUCUGAGCUUGUCACUGCAGAAGGGGCAAGACCCUCAAAUUUAGGGUCAUCUCUACCUUCUCCAUCUGCAUGCUUCUUGCUCCACAAGGCCAUAUUGUUCUCAGAAAUGGGACACAUUUUCUGUUUUUGUUUGGGAAUAAAAAGAAGAAUAAGAAGAACGCUGGAUUUCGGGUUUCUUGAAGAAUUUCUUUCAAAGGGGUGGUAUAAGAAGUAGUUAGAAGGGGU